AUGUCAGCAGCAGACUUUGAGUUGAGGAGAACGCUUACGGAUGUGUUGGACGACGAGAUGAGGAUUAUGAGUGCGAAUCCGUUAGAUCUGGACAUGGCGUUUGGGGAGAAUCAUCACGAUUCGUUCCCGCAGCUUACGAGGUCGCAGGUGAAUUCGUUUUACGGGACGAGCAGUUUUAAUUUCGGGAGCAUGGCGGGCCAGGGCCAGGGCCAGGGCCAGGGCCAAGGUCAGGGUCAAGGUCAAAGCCAGGGCCUGAAUCUGUCCCAGAGCCAGGCUCCAGUGUCGCUUCAGGGUGGUUUUGAGCAGAAUUCGUUUGACGAAGAUGUUGCGAAAGAUGUUGCAAAAGAUGUUUCAAAGGAAGAUGCCGGUUCCGGGUUGUUGUCUGGUAGCAUGUUCAACAAGUAUGCAGAUCCUAACUUGACGACGCUGGAUAAAAAGCACAGUAGCGGCGAGAGUGGAAACAACGGCGGGUCAGCCGCGAUUGUGAAGCAGAUCAACUUGAACCUCACGCCGGUACAGCCCACCAUUUCGCUAAACACAAUCACUCCCAACCCGUUCUUGAACUCGCUAAACAGGUUCGCCAAUACGUCGCAGCAAGGCGAUGGAUCGACAGCGAACUACUUUACCGGGGCUGGGUCCGGGCUCUCGAAUUCUAGGCUGAACAACGGUUGCGGGUUCAACUUGCAAACUAGAAUCAACAGGGAGAACGUCUUCGAAGACGAGUUUUACGACGAAAGCUUCGCUGAUUUGGACAAUAUGUACGAGGAUGACGAAAAACUAAACGCCCAGACCGCAUUGCUCGAUGACCAGAACGUGUCGGGCUACCAUUGGACGGUGGACCAGGAUGCGUUGUCACGCUUCGACCAAGAAUUCAACUUUGACGAUGACAUUUCCGACGAAGAAGAGGACGAUGACGAGCAGUACGAGUAUCACGGGUUCGGGAACAAGACGCUUCCCGACAACGACGCUAACGCUACCAUCGUCGACGAUUUCGUCUCGGGGAAAAAUUCAAUCAAGGCUAACGAGGAUUCUUUAUUCAUGGAUACCCAAAGGUCGAAGGAUAGCCAAAUUAAGACCUUGAUGCAAGGGGAGGACAACUUGUCCAUCCCAAGCACAUCUCUGGUCAACCCACAGGAACAAUACCAAAACCAAAACCAAGACGACCAUGAGCAAGAGGAAGAAGAGGACGAAGAUGAGGACGAUGCUAUGUUUAGUGAGGACGAAGAAGACCCAUUGUACGAACCAGCACUAGUAAGCCCAAGAAGAAAACCAAGCAUGGUCGUAUCUGACCCCAACGGUACUUCUAAGCAAAGACAACUGUUGGCUUCUGGUGCCAGAAAGGCUUCUAGUGUUACUCCACAAACUAGUACUGCUACCACCACCACCACCACCACUAUCACAACAACAACAUCAUCACAAAAAGUCCCUACAGUCGUCUCUUCUAUUACAACAAGAAACAAGGGACAUCAACGUGGUAAAUCUGUCGAUAGUUCAACUGCCUUGGACAGCCAUAACCAUCAGACAAUCUCCCAUUCUCAUAACAGGAACGCCUCGCAUAGUAACACCGAUGAACAUUUCUGCAUGGCUAUCAAUCCUGUCACCAAGGAACCAUGUAUGAAAAAGUUCUCCAGACCAUACGAUUUGAUCAGACAUCAAAAUACCAUUCAUGCUUCAAAGAAGAAAAUCUUCAGAUGCUUGAUUUGCAUACAUGAACUAGGUUCCGAAGGUUACCAAAGAACGUUUUCAAGAAAUGACGCUUUAAGCAGACACGUUAAAGUGAAACACAAUCUACAGGGAUCAGAAGCCCAACGCGUAAUCCAAUAUGCUAAGGAUAACGUAGAAUAUCAAACAUCCUGA